AUGACUGAGAACGACGUAGACAACGAGCUGUUGGACUAUGAGGAUGACGAGGUGGAGGCUGCGGGGGUCGGGGAUGUCGGGGGCACAGGUGACAUGUCCAUGAGGAAGGAAGGAGUGAAGGGCUCCUAUGUGUCCAUUCACUCUUCUGGAUUCAGAGACUUCCUGCUGAAACCAGAGCUGCUCAGAGCCAUAGUGGACUGUGGGUUUGAGCAUCCGUCUGAGGUUCAGCAUGAAUGCAUCCCUCAGGCCAUCCUGGGUAUGGAUGUGCUCUGUCAGGCAAAGUCGGGCAUGGGAAAGACUGCAGUGUUUGUUCUGGCUACUCUGCAGCAGCUGGAGCCAGUCACAGGACAGGUGUCGGUGUUGGUAAUGUGUCAUACCAGAGAGCUGGCCUUUCAGAUCAGCAAGGAGUAUGAGAGAUUCUCCAAGUACAUGCCCACUGUCAAGGUGGCAGUGUUUUUUGGAGGGCUGUCCAUAAAGAAAGAUGAAGAGGUGCUGAAGAAGGACUCUCCUCACAUUGUGGUUGGAACACCGGGCCGGAUCCUGGCACUGACACGCAACAAGACUCUCAACCUGCGUCACAUUAAACAUUUCAUCCUGGAUGAGUGUGACAAAAUGCUGGAGCAGCUCGACAUGCGCAGAGACGUCCAGGAGAUCUUCCGUAUGACUCCCCAUGAGAAGCAGGUGAUGAUGUUCAGCGCCACCCUGAGCAAAGAGAUCCGUCCUGUCUGCAGAAAGUUCAUGCAAGAUCCGAUGGAAAUCUUUGUUGAUGACGAAACCAAACUGACCCUGCAUGGUCUGCAGCAGUACUACGUCAAGCUGAAGGACAAUGAGAAAAACAGAAAGCUCUUUGACCUUCUGGACGCUCUGGAGUUCAACCAGGUGGUGAUCUUUGUGAAGUCGGUGCAGCGGUGUGUAGCUCUGGCUCAGCUGCUGGUGGAGCAGAACUUCCCUGCCAUCGCCAUCCACAGAGGGAUGCCUCAGGAGGAACGUUUGUCUCGCUACCAGCAGUUCAAAGACUUUCAGAGGAGAAUCCUGGUGGCUACCAACCUGUUUGGACGGGGGAUGGACAUCGAGAGAGUCAACAUUGCCUUUAAUUAUGACAUGCCAGAAGACUCUGACACUUACCUACACAGGGUGGCCCGAGCAGGCAGGUUUGGCACAAAGGGCCUGGCUAUCACCUUUGUGUCUGAUGAGGGCGACGCCCGCACGCUCAACGACGUCCAGGACCGCUUCGAGGUGAACAUCGACGAGCUGCCAGACGAGAUAGACAUUUCUUCUUACAUUGAACCAGCACGAUAGAUGAACCAGAUGCUCCUGGAUGUGGUCAUGUUGAUGGUAGAUGCAGACUCUUUAUAUAUAUAUAUAUAUAUAUAUAGUGGGCAUGUUAGCAGAUCUUUUCCUAUCCUGUCACAUUUGCUUUGUUGAAAGAAUGAAAGAAGUUGAGCAGUGGUACAGCUCCCUCUGUGGGGACAUCACAGACUGUUUGAUUAUUAAAUAGUUUGUUUUGAGUUUCUAAUGUCAGUAUUUGUCAAUGGAUAUUUCAUUUUGAUAUUGAGCUUCAUGAGGGAGACCUGCUUUUCUAGAUGAGAUAAGUUGACUUGAUACCACAGGACAGUAGAGACGAUGACUAAACACUGUUCACUGCUGUGUGGAGAAAUAAAUCUG